AUAAAUUAAAACAAACUCGUCACUAAUAAGCACUAGGGUUUUGCGCUUUAUAUAUACAGAGGCACAGCACUCUCUUUCUUCCUUCUACUGUUAACCUUAGCUCUUAUCGUCCCUUUUUCCCUCUUUUAAGAGAGAAGAGAAAGAGAACGCCACCUGAGAAUCGAAUCAGACUGGUAUUGUGGUCAAUUUAAGUCGGCGAAAUGGCUGGUGGGGGUAAAAAGAAGGAGGUGAAGAAAGAGACUGGGUUAGGACUCUCCUUUAAGAAGGAAGAGAGCUUUGGAGAGUGGUAUUCAGAGGUGGUCGUCAAUGGUGAGAUGAUUGAGUACUAUGACAUUUCUGGAUGUUAUAUUUUGAGGCCGUGGGCAAUGUCAAUUUGGGAGAUCAUGCAAGCAUUCUUUGAUGCUGAAAUCAAGAAAAUGAAAAUUAAGAACUGCUACUUCCCUCUUUUUGUUUCAUCUAGUGUCUUGGAAAAGGAGAAGGACCACGUAGAGGGCUUUGCUCCAGAGGUUGCUUGGGUGACAAAAUCCGGGAAAUCUGACUUGGAAAUUCCUGUAGCUAUUCGUCCAACCAGUGAGACAGUUAUGUACCCCUACUUUUCUAAGUGGAUAAGGGGACACCGAGACUUGCCUUUGAAACUUAACCAGUGGUGCAAUGUUGUUCGUUGGGAAUUUAGCAAUCCCACUCCAUUUAUCAGGAGCCGGGAGUUCCUUUGGCAGGAAGGGCAUACUGCAUUUGCGACAAAGGCAGAAGCGGAUGAGGAGGUCCUUCAAAUAUUGGAACUAUAUAGACGUAUAUAUGAAGAAUUCUUGGCUAUUCCUGUUAUAAAAGGCAGGAAAAGUGAGAUGGAGAAAUUUGCUGGUGGACUUUACACCACUAGUGUUGAGGCAUUUAUUCCCAACACUGGACGUGGUAUACAAGGUGCAACUUCUCACUGUUUGGGACAAAAUUUUGCAAAAAUGUUUGAGAUAAACUUUGAAAAUGAGAAGGGAGAGAAGGGUAUGGUGUGGCAGAACUCUUGGGCCUAUAGCACUCGAACGAUUGGGGUGAUGGUGAUGGUUCAUGGAGAUGACAAAGGCUUGGUUCUGCCACCUAAAGUGGCAUCUGUUCAAGUUAUUGUGGUUCCAGUGCCAUACAAAGAUGCUGAUACUCAAGGAAUCUUUGAUGCCUGCACUGAAACUGUGGAUACUUUAUGUAAGGCUGGCAUUCGGGCGGAAGCUGAUUUUAGGGACAAUUAUUCACCUGGUUGGAAAUACUCUCACUGGGAAAUGAAAGGUGUUCCCUUAAGGAUUGAAAUUGGGCCAAAAGACUUAGCAAAUAAUCAGGUACGGGCUGUUCGUCGUGACAAUGCAGCAAAAAAAGAUAUAAGCAGGGUCAAUCUGGUUGAGCAAGUAAAAUGUAUACUGGAUGACAUUAAUCAAAGUUUGUUUGACGCUGCUAAGCAAAAGCGGGAUGCUUGCAUUCAAGUUGUAAAGACUUGGGAUGAAUUCAAGGAGGCUCUUAGCCAUAGGAAAAUGAUCUUAGCUCCUUGGUGCGAUGAGGAGGAGGUGGAGCAAGAUGUGAAAGAACGAACAAGAGGGGAGAUGGGAGCAGCCAAGAGCCUUUGUACACCAUUUGAGCAGCCAGAACUCCCUGAAGGUACUAAAUGCUUUGCCUCUGGAAAGCCUGCAAAGAAAUGGACCUACUGGGGCAGAAGUUACUAGAUAAGGUCCCUUCACAAUUAUCCCCAAGUUUUUCAAUUUGUCAAAUGAUUGAGACAUUCUAAAUUUUGUUUUUCGAAGCUGUAAUUGGUACCUGACUUUUUGGUUUUUCUAGAAAUGUUGUGCAAAAAUGUGCCUUGCUACCAUAAAGAGGUUAUAUUUGUAUACUGUCAUUGAUGAUAAAUCUUAAUUUUAUAAAUGAGACUUUAAAUAGUA